UGCAUAUGAAUAUAUACAAGAAGUAGGAAGUGUUGUACCACAUUAGUAAAAUAAAAAAGUCUCAAAUAGUAAGGACAAUAAUCACUAUAAUAAAUCUGGCCCCAACCUGAAACCAAAACACUUAUCCUCUUGGAUCCAUCUUCACAAGUCAAGGGUUAUUGAUUCGUUACCUCACACUAAGCCUUGACACCAGUUACCAUUAAGGACAUGGUUUGGGACAGCAAUAAUCAGCCAAUGAGAUUCCUUGUUUAAGAUGCAAAUUUGGUAGGACCGAAAUGGUCUUACGUGGAGUACUUUUCUCAACAUCAUGAACAUUGUGUGAUUAUUUUAUUGGGACUGAAACGAUUCACCGAAAUAUCAAUACUGUUCAAUAUUAACGCUCGAUUCAUUGUUUGAUUCAUUGCCUCGAUUUUCAUUUCGAUACAUUUAUCACAAGCGGGUUCAGUAAAUUUCCGAAAACCAAUCGACGGGCACAAAUUCUACACCAUGUUGUCGAUGCCGCGCCAUGCACUUUUAGUUUCGUUUCUGAUCGAUUAUAAAAGCCGUUGUCUGAUUGACCCCACGCUAAGGCUGCAAUAGGUCUGUAAGUCUCGUUUGGUUUCACUUUCGUUUUACUACUUCCGGAUACAACAACGUUUGGAACAUAUACAGUCAUAACAGCGAGUCAGCGCUAAUAUGCAAUUUGUUGUAUUGUUUUGCGAUCGGCUGCACACACAAUACUGGGAAAACUCUGUCAUGUAGUUUAUUUCGGUUCCUAGUCGAUGAUUCAGUAAGGAAGCGGUGGAUACAAAUAUGUAGACACAAAGUUACGAAACCUGCUAAGCAGAAGCAUCUGCCUUAAAAGUACAUGUAGGAACCGAAGUUGAUACUGCUACCAAUAUAACUGUACCAGACAACAAUGAAGUGCAUCUACAUGAUCACGAGUAUACAACAUCAAACCCUCAACAUGUAAAAAGCUUCCCUUGAAGACUUGGAUGUUGUAAACUUGCAGUGUGAAAUAUACCUACGUAAUUAUAGGAAAUUAUUCAUGACAAUUGGGAACAUCAUAAUUAAAAUACCCUUGAAAGGAAUCAUAGACACGGUUGUGAGUGUCCAAUCAACUAAAAUACCAAAGUCAGAAGAAUUGAAGAUUGUAAUGGAUGCAACAGAAGUGACAUUAUAUAACCAAAUUGAUAUGAAUAGCCAGUAUUUCGCUUACAUUAAUUACAAGAGUCGCCACAAAGAAAAGACUUUAAUGUGUAUUACACCUGAUGCAGCUUUUUUCCAAUCUGUAUGCUGAUGAAAGGUGAAGAUAACAAACAGUGAUCAAUCUAAUAACUCCUACAAGCAAUACAAAACAGAUAGUUGGGCAAACACGAACCCCUGGACACAGUAGAGGUGGGAUCAGGUGCCUAGGAGGAGUGAACAUUCCCUGUCGACCGGUCACACCCGACAAAUCUGCUUCGGUUUAUCUUACUGUUACCAAUAUGCAUUCUUACCACGAGAGUUGCACUUGCGCAGGACACAACACCCCUGGACGAAUGUUUCCACAAAUCAAAUUCACUUCAGAUAGAGAGUGGAACAUUUCAUAAUUUGAUUAAAAAUGGAACGAAUGUGAUAUUCAUGGACUUAGUAUUUUCUCAGGGAUCCAAUACAGACAAUGCUGAAUUCCUUGAGAGACAAACAGUACAGCGUUGGGUAUGGAUAGAGAAGAAGUACCAAUAUGUCCUGGGGUACCCAGAGGAUGUAGAUGUGUACAGCUUUGGCCUUUUGAAAGCUAAACAAGAGUCGCUCAGUGUCAAAAUAUCCAUCGGCAGCUUUUCAGAAGUUUGUAAAUCAAAGUUUGAUAUUUACCUUUCACAAUACCUGCUACACAUGAUAGGUGAAAACACGACCCAUAGUUUUAAAGUAUCAGAUGGAUACAUUUGUCAUUCAAACGUCAUCGCCGAUGAAAUACGAUAUUUCGUAAGUGAUAAAUCGGGCGUUCAGAUUGGAUAUGAUUUUAUGUGCAUCGCGGAUGAUGAAGAGGAAUUCACUACGGUUGGAAAAUCCUAUAUAACUUAUAUUGUCAUUUUUCUAAUCUUUUUGGUGUAUGCUUUCUACCCGCUUAUUAUAGAGUUAUCGUUUUAUGUACGAGACACGGAAAACAGAUUUGAAAUGUACUAUAUGUCUGACUCGCCUUACAGUCUUGUCAGAUUUUGUAGGUGUUUGAUCUUUACCGGAAACAACAAGUACUACGCAGCAAUGCGCAUUAUACUUUUAAUUACCAGCGUUACGUCAUUUGUUUAUUUACUUAAAUCACAAGUAUAUGAGCUAUGCAACUGCUCUUUGAAAUCCUCAAACAAAGAACAGGAUUUUCAACAUGCUGAAAACUACUACACCACCUUCGGAAUUAUCUGGGGUAUUUUCAAUUUCCUUCUUCUCAAUGUUGCAUCGUUGUUAAACUCUGAUGGCAUUCUAGACGAUUUCGUAAUUGUUGACUUUACUCUCUUUUGUUCAUGUAAUUAUGAUUUCAUCAUUAGAUUAAUACCAGUGGCUGUUUUCCUAAAGGAUCAACGUCCAAGUGACUGUAAUCAAAAACCACAAAAACCAUUGACUUCGUUAAAAAUCCAAAAGUUAUCCUUAAUUUUAACUUACAAGUUUUGGUCCAAAGUACUCUUUAUUAACAGUACUACUUCCAAUCUUCGCUUUUCUCACAUCCAAUCCAUUAUUGUAUUUCCUUUAAACGUUUUACUGAUUUUAUGUAAUACGUUCUGUCCUUUGGUUUUUAUGCUUUAUGCGUUUUAUAUAAAAUGCAUUUCGUUGGUGGGUAUAUGCAUAUUUCCAAACACUAGCGGUCAAAGUGCCAGUGUUAUUGGCAGUAUUUUCACCCAUGGAGGGGCUCUGGCCUACAUAAUCACUUCUUAUAAAUGUUCAUUGAAUAUUUUCUUUUACGGUAUAAGUUAUCUCAUUCAGUUUUUUGUAUACACUGUGCUUUUAGCUGUACCCCAUUUUUCUGUAGAAACAUUUAUAUAUGUUAUAUUUAUUAGUUCUUUUAUGUUAUACAUUUGUCGCUAUUAUUAUCAAUUUACAAAACUGUAUAGAAAUCUUCUAGACGAGAUCCUUGAUCUUACGGAGGAUAAACGCAUUCCUAUAAAAUGUUUCGAGGAGAUUGUUGAUAAACAUUUCCCCCUUAGAGUAGAAGUAUUCUUUCUGUUAAUAAAGAUAAUAUCAUCUGCUUCAUUUUUUGCUAUAAUAUUUGAUACGAUGAAAAAUGUUGGAUAUGUAAAAAUCGGUGCCCAACCAGAUCUGAAUACUUUUAUAACACUUCUCUUCCUUUUUGGACCUCCACGCUUUGUUGAAGCUCUGCUUGUAACUGACUUUACAAGCAGAGUCCAUAUGAAGCAUUUAGAAAUAAAGAAAAUUGUCGAAGGAAUGCAAGAUAAAAUAAAUGACAACUCUGUUACGACAGUUAAUAUUUUAUCCGAAACAGAAAUUUACCAGUUAAGGAAAGGUGCAUGUUUUAAUUUUAUAUAUAGAAAAUGCCAAACAAAAUUUGAACACCCUGACAUAAUUUAUCAUGACAACAGUACAAAAAAAGAAGCAUGUGAAAAUUGCUGGCGAAAUCGGUGUCUUAAGAAUUGGUGUGUCAAAAAUUGUCCAAAUUGUUGUCUAUGUUUUAACUGUGUGGUUCGUUUCUUCUGUACACUUUAUUGUGGGUGUAUAUGCCCUGAUCAUUCGAAUAAAUGUCAGUAUUGUCUGAUAUUAAAAGUAAAAAAACAGAAAAACCAUUCAAUCGACGUCAUAACAAAUCGUAUUGAAGAUCAUCGUUGCUACAUCCCACUAUUAGAUGAGCCUGAGAAUCAAAAUAGUCCUAAAACUAGAGAGGACACCAAUCCUAAAACUUUGGAGGACACUAAUUCCAUCAAUCAGGAGGACACCAAUCCUAAAACUGGAGAGGACACCAAUCGCACUACAGUAAAGGAAACUAGAGUAUAAACGCAAUAGGACACUAAACCAAACACUUAAUAAAACACCAAUCUUAACACUCAAUAGGACACCAAUCUUAACACUCAAUAGGACACCAAUCUUAACACACAAUAGAACACCAAUCUUAACACUCAAUAGAACACCAAUCUUAACACUCAAUAGAACACCAAUAUUAACACUCAACGGUGACCGCACGCUGAACGAACGGUGAACGUGAUGUUUUGUAUGCAUUAUUGUAAUGUGAUGUUUUGUAUCCAUUAUUGUAAUGUGAUGUUUUGUAUUCAGUAUUGUGAUGUGAUGGUUUGUAUGCAGUAUUGAAAUGUGAUGGUAUGUAUGCAGUAUUGAAAUGUGAUGUUUUGUAUGCAGUAUUGAAAUGGGAUGUUUUGUAUGCAGUAUUGAAAUGGGAUGUUUUGUAUGAAGUAUUGAAAUGUGAUGUUUUGUAUGCAACAACUUUAUAUGUAUAUUCAAGUACCAUAUUCAGUACAAAACUCUGUUGUAUGUUUACAAAUGUCUUCACAAACCGGCUCCUGGAUAUUUCUCCGAAUUGAUAACAAUAUGCAAACCGACGAGAUUGGAAUCAGCCUGUCUUGUUACAAUGUCUGUAACCAGGACAAAGACUUAUGGAGAGCGGAUAUUUGAAUGACUUCAGCGACACUUUGGAACGGUUUGUCAUGUGAAUUUAAGGGUGUUUAGAAACUUGACUCUUUUAGAAGAGGUUUAAAGACCCACCUCCUUAGUCAGGCUUUUAAUGUGUGAUCUGUGAUUUUGGUUUUUUUAUGUUUAUUUAUAACAUUAUUAAAUUAUGCCAAUAGAGUUUUACCUUUUAUUUUUUGUGACGCUGUUUUAGAAAUCGAGUAUUGUUAUGUGUAUUGAUUAUUUUGUGGGUUUGAUUGUUGUAUUUUUAUUAUACUGUAACGCGUUUUAGAGUAUUUUUUAUAUAAUGUAAUAUAAUAUACAUGUAUUUUAUCAUUUAUCAUUACUUUUAAAUAUGUGUUUUUAUAUCAAGACUACAACCUUUUCAUACAUGAGGAAUGAGACAUUCUAUCAGAGAAAGUAUUAGUUGGGUAUACAAGUUGUUUAAUGCGCAUUUUGUUACGAUUUGCGACAUAAGCACUAUUUAUAUGUCUGAACAUAUCUCAGCUUCUUUUGUAAAGCAGAUAUUCAUUACCUUGAUAAAUUUUGAAUUUCAUACAUACAUAGUUUAUCCUGUGAUACUUCUCGUACUUAAUUGUAUCAUUUGUGUAUCACGGUAGAUAAUGAAAUUAUACACAUGUGAAUCAGGGAUCUACGAUCAAAUAAGAAAGGCAUGUGUUCCAUUAAGAAAUAGAAUGAAAACAUUACCUAUCUAAAAUGGCCUCAGGCAGAGUGGUUAGUACGUGUACAUGUACAAAAUAUAAUGCAUAUUUCAUAUAUCCCGUUACUUUUGUCAUUCUUCUCAUAGUUUUGAAAAUAUUUUGUUCUUGUGAUUUUGUUCUAUUGAAACAAUUGUCAGUAUUUUUCAAUUUCUUUUAAUAAAGCUAUAUUUUUUCUACGCUGUUUCUGUUGAUUUGUUUUACAUCUCUUUGAGAAUGUUAUUUAUAUUAAGACAUCACUACAGUGUAACUGUAGAGUAGAUAGUUGUUUGUUUUACGUGUUAUUUAUAUUAAGACAUCACUACAGUGUAACUGUAGAGUAGAUAGUUGUUUGUUUUACAUGUUAUUUAUAUUAAGACAUCACUACAGUGUAUCUGUAGAGUAGAUAGUUGUUUGUUUUACAUGUUAUUUAUAUUAAGACAUCACUACAGUGUAUCUGUAGAGUAGAUAGUU